AUGAAACAACAGAAUGUCUUCACGACAUUUUUUCUCCUUUUUGUUUUGUUGACGCCUUUAUACGCUCGUCCGGCUAUACGCAAAGUUGGAGACGUUGCAGAAGCAAUGUUUGUAAAUACCGACUUACGCAAAGUGAAUGGAAUGGUCACGUUUACCGAAAUAGUCGGAAAGACUGUAUUAAUGGGAAAAUGGAAUACUGGAUUUUGUGACGACAAUUGGAAUAAUUACAAAGUCCAAAUUAUUUGGAAAUUGGAUUUUUUGGGAUUUACAUACGACAUGGUGCUUCACGAUAUGACGUCUCAUCUCAAAAAAGCAUCAAUUAUAGCCUGUGGAACUGAAAAGUGGAAGUAUGAAGUUUCUGGACAAUUUCUCAGUCUGUGGAAACGGAAAACUAUCGUUAUCAAGCAUCUUGGACUCAAGACUGGUGAGGCAACUAUCAAGGAACCUGUUAAUGACCUGACAAACAAAUUUUACUUGGUUAAUUCUAUUUAG